AUGAGCAACCGCAACCCAAAAGACUCAAUGAAAUCAACCUGGCGAACAGACAAAAGCCAAUGGGGCAUCCCGCACAAAAUCCUCAACCACGCCAACGUCUUCCACUCAGACCUCACCCGCCCAAUCCCCAUCCACGCCAAAACCGACAAACUCCCCCAUCUCCCAGACUGGCAAUCCCACCGCUGGAUCCUCCUCCACGCCAGCAUCCCCCUAGCCCUCCACCAGAUCUGGCUCCACUUCACCUCGACCCCCUUCCACCCCAUAAUAGCGUUUAUAUUCUACUACCAAGCCUCGCGCUUCUUCGCCUUCCGCCAACUGCGCUCCAUGCGCGAAUUGGGUCAUCAAUACGGCUACCUAGACGGCGACAAGCACGACCGCGACGGCGUGCCCGACGUCGGCGUCGGCAAAACGCUUCUAUCGGUAUUUCUGGCGGGGUUUGUGAGACCCGUGCUGACGACAUGGCUCACAUAUACGACCACAGAAGAACCGCUCUACAGCCUGCUCCAACAUCCUACGCGGGUCUUCUUUGAAAUAGCACUGUACAGUAUCGCGGUGGACUUUUGGUUCUACAUUUAUCACAGACUGAUGCACGAUGUCUCGCCGUUGUGGAAAUACCACCGCACGCACCAUUUGACCAAGCAUCCGAACCCGCUGUUGACGAUAUACGCCGACUCGGUGCAGGAGUUUUUUGAUAUUGCGGGGAUUCCGCUGCUGGCGUGGGGUACGAUGAAGCUUGGCGGGUUUCCGAUGGGGUUUUAUGAGUGGCAUGUUUGUCAGUUGUAUGUUCUCUUUGCGGAGGUUGCGGGGCAUAGUGGGUUGAGGAUUCAUGCUACUGUUCCGAAUCCGUUGGCGGAAGUUAUGAGGUGGUUUGGGAUGGAUCUUGUUAUUGAGGAUCAUGAUUUGCAUCAUCGGAAUGGGUGGAGGAGGAGUAUGAAUUAUGGGAAGCAGACGAGGAUUUGGGAUCGGGUUUUUGGGACGUGUGGGGAGAGGAUUGAGAGUCUGGAGGGGAAUGUUGAUUAUGGGAAGAAGGUUACUAUGCCCAUUUUUUGA